AUGGGUUUCGGAGGAUUAUUUAAACAAUUGUUGAAGGAACAGGUCGAGAAUGAGAACCAAGAGACGGAUGCAAAAGAUUUGAUAAUACGUCACCCAAAAGAGAAGGAAAAGAAGAAACGAAAGGAAGAAGUGUUACUUCAUACAAUGAUGAUGACUGCAGCUGUCAUCGAUCGGAUACAAGUAGAUCAUAACAAUAACAAUAAUAACAAUUCAGAAGAUUCAACAAGUAGCAGUAGUGAUGAAAAUAACUUGGUUGACAUUGAUAAUGAAUCAGAUAGUACGACAAUAACUACAACUACAACAACUACAACAUCAGCAAUAUAUUCUCCAACAAAAUCAUUCAGUGCACUAAAAUUGUCAUCACCAAAUAAAAAGUUAAAAAGUUUGAAUUUUUUGGCAAACGACACACCAACCGACCAAAAUUCGAUCAGUGCCAAAAAAAGUGGUAGCAGCAAAAGUGAUAACAUGUCAUCAGAAGUAAUAAAUCUUAGAUUUCACAAUGAUAUCAUGAUAGAUGGAGCCGACAAUACUGUAGUGUCAACAACAACAACAUCGACAUCACAUCACAAGAAAUCAGCAUUAAAUCUUGUAGAGAGAGUUGGUUCCAGCACGGUCGUUGGUGACAGAACUGAGAACCAAGAUAGUUUUUUCCUAAAUGAAAUGGAAGAUAAUGAAGUAUUACUGAUAGGUGUAUUGGAUGGUCAUGGUGAACAAGGAGAAGUAGCAUCAACACUCGCCAAUGAAUCAAUAAAUAAUUAUCUUUCAAAUAAUAUAAUUUUGUCGAGUGAUGCUUUGAUUGAAGAGGCACGUGUCUCUGAUAUUGAUAAUGGAACGACUGCGACUGUUGCGGUGGUUGGACGUGAUCGUGUUUCAAUUGGAUGGGUUGGCGAUUCGCAAGCAGUUCUGUUUCGACUGUGCAGUGUUUCACGUAGCUAUCGUGCGCAUCCACUGACGUCGGAUCAUCGUCCAGAGUCUCGUUCCGAGAAGCAGCGUAUCCUUCAAUCCAACGGUAGAGUCAUUCACAAGAAUAGCAGUUGGCGUGUAAUUCCGAGUGGCGAAUUCUCAGAGGCUGAGAUCGCCAAGCGACGAUUGGCAUUGAACAUGAGUCGUGCGCUUGGUCACCAUAUUCUCAGUCGGUUCGGAGUCACAUCGGAGCCUAGUCUACAACACUCGGAUUUACGUCAACACGACAUUUUGAUUGUCGCAAGCGACGGACUUUGGAAUGCCAUGGAUCACCAGGCAAUUGCAAACUACCUCACCAAACACCCAAAGGAAACUGCACAGGCGAUAGCUAACCAUUUGGCAAAAGAAUCACUACGACUCUGUAAGAAAGACGACGUGCCCUGUGAUAAUGUUACCAUUUGUUGUUAUUGGUUAGAUGAUCUUACCCCUCAUCUAAAAUUGAAAAUUCUAAUCCUUAAGAUUCAAUUGAAUAAAAUUGAAAAUGUUGCCGCGGUAUAUCCAGGUUUCUGUAGAGUCUGCAAUCAAACAGUUUCUGAAGUGUCAAACUACGUAGAUAUAGAACCAGUUGAUAUCGACUUCUUAGUUCAUAAUUGUUGUCCGAACGUCCAACCAAUGGAGCAAUGUGAAGAUAUCAUUGUAAACUAUGCCCAAGAUAUAAUCGACCAACUUAAAGAUCAUAGAGAUGUAUUGACAAUAUGUAAAUCAAUGUCUUUAUGCUAA